CCACGCAGAACGAAAAACUUAAUCACAACAGAGUUUCAUCGAGCACCAUGUACAGGAAUGAAUGAACGAAUAUGAAUGAAGUUGUCGGCUGAGGAAAAAGGUAGUGUUAGACCUUAAUUAGAAGCAUCAAUCUCCUGAGAUGGCAUGGCGGAUGGAGAGGAGGCAAAGCCAUGAUAAAGGAAGAGGAACAUCCCUGCUUUCAUAUGGCUGGAGCAGCAGAUGGUGAGGGUCUGAGGCCGAUGCCAUCCCGCCGGAGCUUACCACCCUCUUCGUCAGACCUGGUGCCUGCAACAACAGUGAGCUGCUUCUGGCUCCCGGCAUCGACGUCUCCCACAGCUCGUUCUUCAACCGCGCCGACGCCCCAGGCGCCCACGGUGCCCCUGCCGGCUUCCUCGACACUUUCGACGUCGCCAUCAACGGCGCGCUCCGCGCCGCUCCUGCCGCGGCUUCACCGGCUUUCCUCCUGCCGAACCUCAACGAUGACGCGACUGCGACUCUCCACGCCCAAGCCGUCGCCGUUCUGAACCACGACCGCAGAUUCGGGUGGCGCUGCCAUGGAAGGUGGAGAAGAACCGGGGGUGGAGCCGUCGGCAUCGGCGACUACAGAGGAACCGACAGCGAGGUGGAGCAGAAGUCAGCGAGGACGGAGGGAGUGGGUGGUUAAGCCGUGGUGCACUUCCGACGGGGGCGCCGAGGCAACGGGUGGUUGGUGCAUGUGUCCCAGCCUCCGGUGGCAGCAGCGGCCUCAACCCUCAGAUCUGGGGCGGCACAGAGGAAGUUACAUGCCAGAAGCCGGCGGCGACAAGAAGCAGCAUGGCGGAGAUGGAGGCUGGUGAUAAAAAGAACAGCGAAUGGUGGAGGCCGUGGCAAUGUGAAACAAUGUGGACAGCAAAAUCUGGAGAUGGAAUCAACAAAUGGACCAUUACCUCGCUAGCUCCCUUGAGGCUUCUUCCAUUGUCAAGAUCCAAAUCAACAACAGCCCCCCCAACCUUCCAAUUGAGCCAUUGAGGAGUGAAACGACGGCCGACAUGCAACGAAACGGAGCGGCCAAGAUACACUACGAACUCCACCACGGCCGGCUAGCUUCUGAUCUGGCCACUGCCACGACGCCACACCAGCACACGCUCUCGUGAAACCCUAGGCCCCUCUCCCGCAGGUGUGGCCUUCCCCGACACCGAGCCUUCACGCGACGGCGGAAGAGAUGACCGGCGGCCUGCGGCCACUACUUAUUAGGGGAGGAUGUGCGCACUGGUAUUCAAUGCGCGAGGAGGCGCAUCAUCCGGUGUCAUUGCUCUGUGCGCGGGAAUAACGCGGCAAGCGGUGGCGGGGAUAGCGCUCGAGGCGGUGUUACUGCGAAAGGGGUUCUCGCGCUCGCCCGGUGGGAUGAGGAAUCGGUGAUUUCACCGCUACACAGAGGGUGGGGACAUGGGGAUUGAUUUCACCUGUAGGAUUGCUAGUCACAACUUCUCCUUUUUAUAUUAGUAUAGAUAGACCAUAAAACCUGUGAUUAUUUGCCACGCUUCAUAAUACAUGUGGUUUUGUGCAAAUUUAACCAUAAAAUAUGGAGUGGAGUUUUCUGAAACUUUUUUAAAAAAAUAAAGAAAAGAAAAAGCUACUAAUCCAAACCGUAAAGAAGACGGGGAAUACGAGAAAUAUCUCCAAACAUAUACGCUGAAAAACAAGAAACCGACGCAGACUUGGAUCGAUGCGAUUUCAGCAGCCGUCGUCGUUGAUUCGGAUUCGGGGAGUAACCGCGCAAGAGCAGCGACGAUGAGGUUCGGUUUCCGUCUCCGAUUUCCCUUGGGGUUCCAUCCCCUUCAAAUUUAACGCGACCCUUCACUCCCCGUCGCAUCGCAUCUUGGCUGACUCGUCCCGAAAAUCUUGAGCGACCGAGUUACCGGCGGCGGAGAUGGUGGUGGCUGACAAUGGCAAGUGGGCGCUGGAGAAGGCUCGGGCGCUGCAAGAUUUGGAGGAGGAAUUCAACCAACAGAUUGCAAGGAUUCUCAGCUGCUACCAGCUACCUGACCACAUCAGGCUGGAUCUCCAUGAGCAGCACCGCAAUGACUACAAGGUGCCUGACGAUCUCCGGCUCAAGUUCGUGAAUGCCGUUUUCGAGGGGAAAUCCGGGAUGCUUGAUCAAGACGAGGAACUCAGGGUUCAGGCUCGGAAGGAAUCCGAGAAGUUUUGGGUGGAGGCGGCGGGGGCGGCGAAGAAGGCGCAAGCACUACAAGACAUGGAAGAGAGAAACAGGCAAUUGUUCUUUAAGCAUUAUCCUGGCGUGCAAGACAUGCCUGACCACAUUAGGGAGUACUGCUUCAGGAAAUUCAUGGAAGAUGCCAGGGAUGAGGUAGAGGUCAGAUUCGGGAUACGUAAUCACGAAAUGCGACUCAGGAUCCGAGCUUGGGAGGAAUCGCAGCAGUUUCUGAUCAAGACAAUGGCCGAUGGGCGGGCAGCCAAGAAAGUGCAGACCUUGCAAGAUGAGGAGAAGAGAUAUGUUCAGGGUGUUAAGAAAACUUUUGACAGCGAAAACAUAUCUGAGUACUUCCAACAGGCCUUCCUCCAGCAAGGCCUACUUGAUAAUAUCCGGCUGCUUUUCAUAGAUGAUAUAGAGGAGAAAUUCAAUAUGCCUGAUGACGAAGAGGAACCUAAGGGUUACAUUUCGGAGGAUUACAACAGGUUGAAGGCGCAGGCCUUACAAGAUUUGGAGUACAAAUUCAACCAACAGACUGCAAGGAUUCUCAAGCGUUAUGACCUACCCGAGCACAUCAGGCUGGAUCUCCAGGAGCAACACUACAACAACUACAAGGUGCCUGACAAUCUCCGGAUCAAGUUCAUAAAUGCUGUUUUCAAUGGAAAUCCCCGGAUACUUGAUCACAAGAGGGAGCUCAAGGUCCAGGCUCGCAAAGAAGCAGAAAAGUUUUGGAUCGAGGCGGCGGCGACAGCGAAGAAGGCACAAGCACUACAAGAUUUGGAAGAGAGAUACAAGCAACAAUUUAUUAAGCCUAGUUAUGACAGGGAAGACAUAUCUGAGCACAUGCAGGAGUAUUUCCUCAGGGAAAGAAAGAUAACUGACAAGGCCUAUCUCGAGUACAAGAAUAAUGUAGAGGAUAAAUUCGCGAUACGUAACCACGAAAUGCAAUUGAAGUUUCUAGCCUGGGAGAAAACACAGCAGUUUCGGAUUAAGAUGAUGGCUGAUGAGCGGGCGGCGAAGAAGGUGAAGGCCCUGCAAGAUAUGGAGGAGAGAUAUGUUCAAGAUUAUAUCAACAAGGUUGAAAGACUAGAUGUACCUGACUACAUCAAGCAGGGCGUUAUCCAGGAAUACAAGGUACCUGACGGUACCCGACUACGUUACAUAAAUUAUAUCGAGGAGAAAUUCAGGAUGCUUGAUGACCAAGAGGAACGUAAGGUUCACAUUUGGGAGAAUUUCAAAAAGUUGAAGAUCCCUCUCACAAUAAAGUCUCCCAUCACUGUCGCUAUCAUGUUCUCGAUUGGCAUCAUGAUCUUGUUCUCCGGCUUCCUUGUCCCCAAGAUGCCCAAAUCGUUGAAGAUCAUGUGUUGGGCGACUUCAAUUGUCAUCUGCUUUGCGGCCGUGCUCAGCUACGAUAAUGAAAGCUCGAAGACCACUGCCCCAACUGAAAUGCAUGAUCUGGAAAAUCCUCCAAGUAUUUAAUACUGAAUAAUGCCAUUUAACUGGCAUACAGUUCCAUCCCUGUGUAAUCUAUUGUUAGAUAGGAAAUAGUGCUAUUUAACAGAUCGGUUAGUAAUAAGAACUUGUUAGUAAUAAGAAGUCAUCUGAGAACUCGUUCCAUCCCUAUGUGGAAAAACAAGUUCUUUUUUAUUUGGAAGGUAAACAAGUUCUUUGUUCUAGUGCUUUAAGUCUAGCUGUUUACAGUCUUGUGCUUGAAAUUUUAGACUUCAGUGUAUUUCUAUAUGCUAUGAGCCUGUUAAUGACAUACUAUCAGACUGAUGAAAGAUGUUUUGAUAGAGCAGAAAAUUUAUCUGAAUAUCCAAUCACCGGAUCAUGAAUUCUGAUAGUA